AUGGUGUCAGCCAAGGAGGAAGAGCAGCUGAACAGGGCCAUUCAGGACUCCAUCCUCACGGCUGCCAUGGACAUGAGGUCGCCUCCGGACCCCCCCAAAAGCCAUCACCGGCUCGACACGGAGCCCAUUGCCAGAAACGAAGACUACACCACCACCUUCACCGAGACCUCCAGGCUUACCGCCUAUCAACGGUCGCAGUCUAUGAGCGCUGCCGAGUAUCAACAGAGAUCGAGCAUUGAACGUUUCAAGAUGCACUUCACCGACGCGGAGCUCAACAGCGGCGACACCCUUAUCUUUGUUGACUUCCCUGAGCUAACCAAGGGCUUCAAGAUACCCGUCGACUGCGACGGGAAACAAUUCCGUUCCAAAAGUCUCCGAGUUCGCUCACAAAAUCUGCUCGCCACGGGAUCCUCACGAUUUCGUGAGAUGCUCAAGCCUAGCUAUCAGUUCCGCGUUCUGCGCCGCCGCAAGCUUGUCAACAAAUUGCCCGAAGGCGUCAAAUACGUCUUGGACCUCACGCCGCCAUCCGAGGGCGAUGAAGUGGUGUUCCAGAUUACAGAGUUGUCUCUGACGCCUGGAAUUAUCAAAUGGUGGUCCUCCUAUGCCAGACUCGACGUCCCCUACUUCCUUGUUAAAGGCCACGACGAUGUCUGCCCUUGCAAGCAACUCGCCGAUCGCUCCGUGACCGACCCGAAGACGGAGACCAUCUCCGUCAAAGAAAGCGGUGACAAUUCGGGCUCCCAGCAGACUUCUGUUGUGACGCUUCCUCUAUCCGCACUUGAGCUUGUCAGCGCCCGCAACGGCGGAGAGAAGCUUCAAGUAGCCGAGGUGCCUGCUCAUUUUGCUAUCAAGGAUUAUUGUCCUAUCCGACACCGCAACGGCAUCAUCCGUUUGCUCAUGCUUAUCGAACGCAAGCAAGUCUUCAUAAACUCCGCACCACGACUAUGGACAAUGGUGGCCCUCGCCAAGAUAUGGGACUGCGUCUCUGUUGUCCAGGAUCCGGCCAUCCAGUGGCUGAUGCAGGGCAAAAACAGCAAAUUUCUCGAAAUUCUACCAGAGGAAACCAUACGGAUUGGUGGCAUUCUUGAAAACCCUCAAAUAACUCGAACUGCCUUCAGAAUUCUUGUCAACGAGCUGGCGUUUGAGCAGACCGCUAGCGAUGAGAUGAAAGACGGCAUUGAUCUGACUCGUGUCACUCUUUUCGGUAGAAGGAAGGGUGACCCUGGCGAUGAGUUCAGUAAUCUGAUUCAACAUGCUGCCUUGGCGUUUGUUGAGCGGAAAACAAGACUGCUGACUGAAUUGCAGAGUCCUGGUAUUCUCAAAGAAUGGAAAAUUCCCGAGUACCUGGAAUUGCUGAAGCUGGAAGAGUCCUUGAAGUGCUCGGCUCUGAACUUGUGCAAGCCCGCGCUGAAGCUGGUUGAAAGUCUCAAAGUCCAGCUCCAGACAGUGCUAGCCAGCGAUAUCAUCGGCCCAAGUCGACUCCAUAAUCUGUUCACUUCCAUGGAGCAAAACACCGUCGACUCGGACAGAGCUACAUAUGUUGAGCCGCCAGACUUUCGAGAGUUUGCAAAUGUUUGCCAAAAUAUGACGCCGCUGCAAACAUUAUUGACGCCAUACCCAUACAAACGGCUCAAGAACUCAUGGGAGGCUUGGGCCGAUAUAAAAAAUAGAAAAGGAGACAAUUCGUACGGUUCACUGACCGAAGUUACUCAAGUCAUCGCAAAGGAAAUGGGCCGGCUCCGCGAAUGCCACAAGUAUCUCCCGUGGGAGAACGAACUUCGCCCCAGACUAUCUGAAGUCUUGUCUGAAUUUUCUGUACAGCACCAUGUUCCCUUUUAUCCGCUCAGCCUGGAAAGGCUGGAUGUUCAAGUGAGGUCGAAGCUCGAGGAGCUCGGUGGCAAGAUUCUGGAUAACGAGCAAGACUUGUGGACCGUCAGCACCAAGCACUUUUUACUGUCCUUGACAAGCAACGAGACCAAGUUUCUGCCUCUGUGGGCGGGGGGCCUCAACGAUGGGACUGGAGGCGUUUUCGAGGAUCAACUACCACCAGCGGAGAUGGGCCCUGAUGGCCCCGGACCGUCAUACCACACCGGCAUCACCAUUGCGUCGGAUGCGUCGAGCAUGUCGGGCUCCCUUUCGGAGCGCAUGUGGGCCUUGAGCAUGCGGGGCAGCCUCACGGCGGCCUCGAUGGAGGUGCGCGACAGUGCCUCGACAGUGUAUCGUCCCGAAAAGGUCAUUGCGGACGACAAGUCGGUCCUGUCAGAGAGCUUUCACUCCGACCUUGCCGAUUUCCACGAGGCCAGGGGCGAAGAUGCGGCUGUCAUCAUUGAUGCGCCGGAGCAGAGGACGCAGCAGGACACCCUGUCAAGCCUCGAUGAUUUUCUUCAGGAGCCAGAUGGCGAUUAUGACUCUGAUUCCACCUCUACCAUCAGCAACGAUGACUUUGACCUGCUGCUGGACUGCGAGGAUGACAUGUACACAAACGAGCUAGACACAGAGAUAGAUGUGAUUCUUAUCUAG